AUGGCGCUGGAGACAGUGAGGGUGGUGGUGCGCUGCAGGCCAAGCAACAGCCGAGAGAGGGACCUGAACUGCAAGGUGGUGGUCUCCAUGGACGGUGCCCGCGGCCAGUGCUUCAUCCAGAAGCCCGGGGCUCCCGGGGAGCCGCCAAAACAGUUCACCUUUGACGGCGUCUAUUACAUCGAGAGCACCACCGAGCAGCUGUACAACGAGAUCGCCUAUCCGCUGGUGGAGGGUGUCACUGAAGGCUACAAUGGAACAAUAUUUGCUUAUGGACAGACAGGAAGUGGGAAAUCAUUCACCAUGCAAGGCAUUUCUUCUCCAACGUCACAACGAGGAGUUAUUCCCAGAGCUUUCGAACAUAUAUUUGAGAGUAUCCAGUGUACCGAAAAUACUAAGUUCCUGGUGAGGGCUUCAUAUUUGGAGAUUUACAAUGAAGAGAUCCGUGAUCUUCUGGGAAAAGACACAAAACAGAAGCUGGAGCUCAAGGAGCAUCCAGAGAAGGGCAUUUAUGUGAAGGACCUCUCCAUGCACACUGUCCACAGUGUCACAGAGUGUGAAAAAAUCAUGGAUAUUGGCUGGGGCAAUCGAGCUGUGGGAUACACCCUCAUGAACAAAGAUUCAUCACGUUCACAUUCUAUAUUCACCAUUCACUUGGAGAUGUGCUCAAUAGAUGACAAUGGGAAAGACCACAUCCGUGUCGGAAAGUUAAAUCUGGUUGAUUUGGCAGGUAGCGAAAGACAGGCAAAAACUGGAGCAACUGGAGAUCGACUGAAGGAGGCUACUAAAAUCAAUCUGUCACUAUCAGCACUCGGGAAUGUAAUUUCUGCAUUGGUGGAUGGCAGAUCAAAACAUAUUCCGUACCGUGAUUCCAAACUAACACGAAUGUUGCAGGACUCCCUUGGGGGUAACACCAAAACUCUGAUGGUAGCAUGCCUGUCUCCAGCUGACAAUAAUUAUGAUGAAAGUCUUAGCACUUUACGGUAUGCAAAUAGGGCAAAAAACAUCAAAAACAAGCCAAGAAUUAAUGAAGAUCCAAAAGAUGCUUUGCUCAGAGAAUAUCAGGAAGAGAUUAAACAACUGAAGGCACUUCUAGCUGGACAGCUUGGUCAUGAUUAUCUAAAUAAAGUGCAAAUGAGUAAUAGCCAAGCAACCAACCAAUCGCCUAAGAAUACUGAAGUCUGUGCUGAGAUAGAAAUUGAAAAAGAAAAUAUGAGACAGGAAUAUGAGCAGAAAUUAUCAAAGAUCAAAGCAGAUUAUGAAGCAGAACAGAAGUCCAAUGUUAAACUACAGGAAGAUAUUGAAAAACUCAGAAAUUCUUUUGAACUGAAGCUGGCACACAUUGAAGCUUUUGAUAAGGCCACUGAUGUGCCUCCAUUUGAAGAAAGCACCCUUGCCAUAGAGAUAACUCAGCCGUUUAGUGUUAAAUUAGCGGAUGUGAGUGAAAUAGAACAGAAGCUAGCUAUCGCUACGUUGGUUGAACCAGAGCCUGAAAUAACUGAACAAGACAGCAGAAGCAUGAAAGAUACAGCAUCCACUGAAGAGCAACGUUCUGUAUUAGGGGUGCAACUACUAAAGGGAGAAAUUGCAGCAGGAUAUUCUCCAGCUGGUUCGUCACCUGCCACGUUAGAUCAGGAAGAGGUACUUGCAAGGCUGAAAAUGUUGGAGAAUGAGGUAGUAGGGGGAGAACAGGCCAAAAAUACUGAGCUGAAGGAGAAACGAAAACGACGGAAGAAAUAUGCUGAUGAGCGUAAGAAUCAACUUGCAGAAGCGCUGAAACACACAGACAGGGAUGAUCCUACUAUCCUGAUAAAUGUCUACGAAUCUAUUCAAGAUGAAGUUAGAGCAAAAAGCAAAAAUAUAGAGAACUUGCAGAGAAAGCUAAAGAUUGCUGAGAUAGAAAUCUCUGAUCUUCAAUCUGAGUUUGAGUUUGAGCGCAUUGAUUACCUGUCUACCAUAAGGAGGCAGGAACGAGAAAACAUUCUACUGCAGCAAGUUCUAGAAAGAAUCCAGCCAUUAAUUCGGCGUGAAUGCAACUACAGCAAUAUAGACAGAAUAAAGCGGGAAAGUGUUUGGGAUGAAGAAAGUGGUUGCUGGAAACUACCAGAAACGGUUCUUCAGAAGAUCACUCUUCCAUCUGCUGGCUCCAGUACAGCAUCAAAUAAGCAAGGGGUGAGAGUCUCUGCUAACGAUAUUGCAGAUUGCUCAAUGGAAGAAGAUCGUUACAGACAAAUGCUCAACCGUAGUGACAGUGAAAAUAUUGCCAACAACUAUUUCAGGUCAAAGCGUGCCAGUCAGAUCUUGAACACGGAUCCUGCACGAAGUCUCUUGCACAAUCAGACGUCUGCGCAUAAUGUAUCUCUUAACAAUGGAUCAUCUUCCCAUGCUGUCUCCAAUCUAAAUACAGUGUCUUCAACCCAGCCAUCUGAUAUGCCCACACCAAGGCCUUUCCGUUUGGAAUCACUGGAACUCCGUGCACCCUCUGCCAAAUCCAAACGCAAGAAAAGCAAAAGCAAUCCUUUCAUGGACAUUGCCUGA